AUGAACUACGAAAUGGUCAUUUCUAUGUUACGGAUAGAAUUCAUCAAGCGGGAUUUACCAUACCUCAUUCCAACUAUGGACCGAGGACCAGUGAUAGUCCUCCCAACAGAACAAAUGAAGGUUUUGGAAAAACUACCUGAUGACCAAUUAGAUGUCUUUAGUACCCUCCAGGAGCAGAUACAAGCAAGGUACACUAUUCGAGACCAAAGGGUCGUUCUCGAUCCUUACCACCGAUACCUCAUCCCUAGCCAGCUUACGCGAAAGCUCGAUACACUUACGGGUCCAAUGCUUACCGAACUUGAAGAUGCAUUUAAAUCCUCGUGGGGCACUGACUCCAAAUGGACGGAGGUUACGAUAUGGAAAGCAUGUUUCCACGUUGUCGCUAGAGCUGCGAAUUCUGCUCUAUGUGGCUCUCCUUUAUGCAGUGAUGAGAAAUAUCUGGCAAGUUUAGAAGGCCAGUCUGUCGCACUAUUUGGUGGCGCAAUGUUGAUUAACAUCACACCAAAAUUGUUAAGACCUGUCAUGGGAUACUUGGUUAAGCUGUGGUGUGCGUACUACGCCAGGAAGUUUACGAAGAUAUGCGCUCCUUAUGUCGAAGCGAGAAUCAGGGAGACAAUCCAUUCAAAGUUCCAGGUCGGAAACGGCAAUAAAUCAGAGAAAGAUGCGCUUCAGCUCAUCAUCGACGAAGCAAUUUCCCGCGAUGAUGAUACGCAACUAUCGGUACAGCUGAUUUCUGAUCGCCUUCUUAUCACCAACAAUGUAUCUCUACAUGGUACGACAUCAACAUUACACAAUCUCAUAUCAAGCCUAGUCACCUCUGACCCGUCUUUGGGGUAUAUCGAGGCUUUGCGACAGGAGUGCGACAAGGCGUUAAGUGAUGCUGGUGGGACGUGGAACUCAGAAGCAAUUCGGAAACUGAAACUCGUAGACUCUGCAAUUCGAGAUUCUAUGAGAGUAGCACCUUUUGCUUCCAUAGCUAUGGCUCGGGCAGUGGUUGACCCGAGUGGCAUAUCGAUCGAGAACGGAAAGUCUCGUGUUCUUGUCCCCCAAGGCACAAUUCUCGCCCUACCAAUGGAGAGUAUUCAUUGCGAUGAAACUAUAUACCCUGACGCACGUCAAUUUGACCCCUUCCGGUUUGUGAAGACUAAAAGCGAAGGUAGCGACAGCACGUCAGAUGGGCUGAGAUACGAAACAAUCAAGCCUACAACCACCCCAGACGAUCACUUCUUUGGCUUCGGCACUAGCAAGAACCCGUGUCCAGGUCGUUUCCUUGCGGUUCAUGAGAUAAAAUUGAUCGUAGCAUACCUGUUGACUAAUUACGAUAUUGAAUACACCGAAGCAAGACCUCAACUUACGGAUCUCCUGGCGAUGAAGAUUCCAGAUAUGAAAACCGUUAUACGGGUGCGAAAACGCUGUAUUUAA